UUCUCCAUGUCAGAACACAGCACCAAGAAACCAGAAUCUCACUGUGCCUGUGCGUGUGUAAUGUGUGAGAGAGAAAGAGAGAGGGAGGAGAGAGAGAGUUAUAUAGUUGUUUUCUAUCUGUCAAUUGAGGUUUUAAAAUAAAGUAUAGAAAUUGGUGAGUUUGAGCAAAGCAAGCCUCUUUUUAACUUUUCCUUUGAAUGGUUUCUGCCAGUUUUUUUCUCAUUUUCUUGUUUGUAUGGAAGUGGUGGUAGCUGCAGUUGAGCUUCCAUGGACAAAAUUUUGGAAUGAGCCCUCUUGUUUCCUUGCAGCUCUCAUCACAUUACAAGACAACAACAGCAACAAAUGCAUACAAACACAACCACCUUGUCAUCACAAGUAAAAACAAGCACAAUUGUACACACAACAAAUAUGGCUUCUUCCAAAUCUCAGACAACCAAACUCCCAAUCAUUUUCACCUUUGUUUCUUUCCUCUUCAUUCUUUCUUCCUCAACUACUUUUGUCUGUUCCAAGCCCCUCGUGUCGACAGACGGCUCCAAUAGCCGUCUGCCUGCCCAUCAAACAUUCCGGCCGCGCCGUGAAUUGCACAAGUUGAAGAGAAUAAGAAGUUACCUUAGAAAGAUCAACAAGCCUGCUGUCAAGACAAUUCAGAGCCCUGAUGGUGAUAUAAUUGAUUGCGUUCAAUCUCAUCUUCAACCAGCUUUUGAUCAUCCUCAGCUAAAAGGGCAGAAGCCAUUGGAGCCACCAGAAAGGCCAAAGGGACACGACUCCGUUGAGUCGAUAGCAGAGACGUUACAGUCCUGGAGAGAUGCCGGCGAAUCAUGCCCAGAAGGAACGAUUCCAAUAAGAAGAAUAACAGAGAAAGAUGUUUUAAGGGCUAGCACGAUUCGUAGAUUCGGAAGAAAAAUCAGACGGGGCGUCCGUCGAGACACGAUGAGCAGCGAUCAUGAGCAUGCAGUGGCAUUUGUGAACGGGGAUCAGUAUUACGGAGCAAAGGCAAGCAUAAAUGUGUGGGCACCGCGUGUUACCGACCAAUAUGAAUUCAGUCUGUCACAACUAUGGGUCAUUUCUGGCUCAUUCGGGAAUGAUCUUAAUACCAUUGAAGCUGGCUGGCAGGUCAGCCCGGAGUUAUAUGGAGACAACUAUCCUAGGUUCUUCACGUAUUGGACGACUGAUGCAUAUCAAGCAACGGGAUGCUACAACUUACUAUGUUCAGGCUUUGUCCAAAUCAACAACAAAAUCGCUAUUGGAGCAGCAAUAUCUCCAAGGUCAUCUUACAAUGGCAGACAGUUCGAUAUUGGCAUUAUGAUCUGGAAGGAUCCAAAGCACGGGCACUGGUGGCUUGAGUUUGGGUCGGGGCUGCUCGUGGGAUAUUGGCCAUCAUUCUUGUUUAGUCAUCUACAAAGCCAUGCAAGCAUGAUACAAUUUGGUGGGGAGAUAGUGAACAGCAGAUCAAUGGGGUAUCACACGUCGACACAAAUGGGCAGUGGCCAUUUCGCGGAUGAAGGAUUUGGGAAAGCUUCCUACUUCAGAAACUUGCAAGUCGUAGACUGGGACAACAGCUUGAUCCCUUUGUCUAAUCUACAUCUUUUGGCUGAUCAUCCAAAUUGCUAUGAUAUAAGAGCUGGGAAAAACAAUGCUUGGGGGAAUUAUUUUUACUAUGGCGGUCCGGGAAGGAACCCUAGGUGUCCAUAAUAUAAAGAAGAGAAUAAGUGAGUUUAAUCAUGUAGAGAUAACCCAUUAUUAUUAUUCAGUCAAGUAGUUUGGUUUUCUUGGGUUUUUUUUUUUUUUUUUGGUUUCGGCUUCAUUUUUUGAACCUCCUUCGCUAAUGGGUUGUACUUGGUAGGUUCUGGGACCUACUAGUCCCGGAAAAAAUCACCAUCGUCUAUGGAUGGGGUCUCACUCGAUGGAUGGUGGUUUGGAUCGGAAGCCGACCAAGUACUUCCCCUUCAUUUAACCUAGGCUUCUUCUUAAUUCACUUUCUACAUUCUUUUCAGACAAGAAAAGUCCUUUCCUUCUAAGUUCUAACAGGUUUGAUGUUCCCCCUUCAAGAACUUCAUGUAAAUGUUUGAGUUGUGAAACUGAUGAUAUGUAUACAAGAGGUUGUAUUUGCUCUUUCUCA